ACGACGUUUUACGAAAGCGACAAUGGAGGCGGCGAAAAGAGUAGAUGAAGACGGCGGCGAAGAAGAGACCAAGGAGGACAAAGCUUCACGUGAAUCUCUCGUUCUUCCUCUUGAUAUAAUCACGGAAAUUAUUCUCCGAUUACCGGCGAAAUCGAUAGGGCGAUUCAGGUGCGUUUCGAAGCUGUUUUACUCUUUAUCGUCGGAUCAGGGGUUCGUGAAGAGUCACCUAGAACGAACGAACCACCGGAAAAUCAUCGUGUCUACGUAUAAUCUAUUCUCGUUGGAUGUUGAUUCGAUCGGUGACGGAUGUGAAGGAGGAGGAGGAGGAACUAGGGAAUUAGUAGCGGCCGUGGAACUCAAUUAUCCGCUAAAAGACGACAUGAAGAAGGUGUCAAGACAUGAGUGUAGAAGAAACUGGGUCACCAUCAUUGGAUCAUCCAACGGUUUAGUGUGUAUCGGUAUCGGUAUUGAAUCUUAUCCUAGAAAAGAUUGUGUUUUCUUGUUUAACCCAACCACCGGAGACUCCAAGGGAUAACCUGACGCUCCCGUAGAAGAAGAUGAC